UUUGAUUACUAGCCGUAUGUCAGUUCUCGCGAGAAGACACCAAACUACUUCGGAAUGUUUCCCAACUGCCCGUUCUGGGUCUCUGUUACGUGUCACCUGUGAUUAAUAACUGUUAUUGACCUUCCUGGUAGAAAGUUAAGUCUCUGAGCGGAGUUUAAAAUGAAAGCUGUGAUUCUCGCCGCCGGGUACGGAACCAGGCUCCAGAGGGAUGUGGCGGCCGACAGCAGCGGGAGGUUCGCUCACCUGGCCGGUACCGCUAAGCCGCUGCUGCCGGUGGGACGCUGCGCCUUGAUCUCCCACUGGGUCCAAGCCCUGACCGCCUCCGGCUGCGUGGACCAGAUCUAUGUUGUAACCAACGCUCUUUACCGAACGGCAUUUGAAGAGUGGGCAGCACAUUUCUCAAAUGUCAAGAUUCUCAGCGAUGGGACGAGAAGCAAUGAUGAGCGUCUGGGCGCUGUGGCCUGUCUGCAGCUGGCGGUAAAGCACUUCAAGAUAGAGGAUGACGUCAUAGUUAUCGGAGGUGACACUCUCUUCAAAGAAGAUUUCAGCCUCAGUAAAGUUACAGAGAGAUUCUCUGAGCUGCAGUCACAGUGUGAAGACAACAGUCUGCUGCUGUCGUACCAGUGCAGAGACGAUGAAACUCAGAAAUACGGGAUCCUGGAAGUAGACGGUGAUCUUCGUGUUCUCCGUAUGAAGGAGAAACCUCGUCCCUCUGAGACGACGUCUAGAAGAGCAUGUCCUUGUUUCUAUGUGUUGUCAAAGAACAUCCUUCCUCUUCUGGAUACUUUCCUCGAGGAAAAGAAGGAAGCUCCUAUUGAAGAGAAAGACGCUCCAGGAAACUUUGUGUCUUGGCUCAUUCCAAGGAAACCAGUACACGUUCAUCAGAUCUCCGGGCGUUUCGAUGUUGGAAACCUGCCAUCAUAUACUGAAUGUGACCUUUAUUUCAGAGAAAAACUUCAAGAUAUCCAGUCUUACAUGGUGUAGAAAAACAUUAUUUUUAUUAUGCAAUGUUUCAAAAUCAUCCAUCACAGAAAGUAAUCUAAACCUGAACUGAAUGUACUUUUAUAAUGAAUAUUUUCUAUUAAAAUGAUUUUUAUAUAUUCUUUUUAUUAAAACCAAUGAUCCGUCUA